AUGGCUGGCUUGCCCAUAUGGUUUGUAAGUCCCUGUGGCAUUCGAAGAGAAAGUGAGAGAACCAGCAGUUCAAAAGGAAGAAGUUUUGCUGGCCGGAAAGUUCCAAAUACAAAUAAUGCCUCAGAAGAGUUAUACGAAGUGGAUGAAUUUGCAGCAAAAGCCCUCACAGGAAAGCUGACUACAGUUUUUCUUCCCAUUGUCUAUAUCAUUGUCUUUAUCAUUGGUUUUCCAAGCAAUGCCAUGGCCCUCUGGGUCUUUUUUUUCCGAACGAAGAAGAAACAUCCGGCUGCGAUUUAUAUGGUUAACUUGGCAUUGGCAGACCUUCUUUUUGUUGUCUGGUUCCCGCUGAAGAUUGCGUACCAUGUAAAUGGCAAUAAUUGGCUAUUUGGUGAAGGUCUCUGCAAAGUACUUGUUGGAGAGAGUAGUAGAACCAGCAGUUCAAAAGGAAGAAGUUUUGCUGGCCGGAAAGUUCCAAAUACAAAUAAUGCCUCAGAAGAGUUAUACGAAGUGGAUGAAUUUGCAGCAAAAGCCCUCACAGGAAAGCUGACUACAGUUUUUCUUCCCAUUGUCUAUAUCAUUGUCUUUAUCAUUGGUUUUCCAAGCAAUGCCAUGGCCCUCUGGGUCUUUUUUUUCCGAACGAAGAAGAAACAUCCGGCUGCGAUUUAUAUGGUUAACUUGGCAUUGGCAGACCUUCUUUUUGUUGUCUGGUUCCCGCUGAAGAUUGCGUACCAUGUAAAUGGCAAUAAUUGGCUAUUUGGUGAAGGUCUCUGCAAAGUACUUGUUGGAUUUUUCUAUGGAAAUAUGUACUGUUCCAUUCUCUUUAUGACAUGCCUCAGUGUGCAACGGUAUUGGGUUGUAGUGAACCCCAUAGUGCAUUCGAGAAGGAAAUCUGAAAUUGCCUUGGGCGUCUCCCUUGGUAUCUGGAUACUGAUUUUGUUGGGCACCAUUCCGUUGUAUCUUGUUAAUCAAACAGCAUACAUUUCAAAUCUUAACAUCACUACCUGCCAUGAUGUGUUGCCUGAAAAUGUUUUGCCUCGUAACAUGUUCAAUUAUUUCCUCUCACUUGCAAUUGGACUCUUCUUAAUCCCAGCUCUCCUCACUGCUGUCGCUUACAUACUAAUGAUUAAGACUCUAAAUGCUUCCAUCUCAGAUAUAAGCACUGGGAAGAAACGAAAAAGAGCAAUCAAACUCAUUAUCGCUGUCCUGUCUAUGUAUCUCAUCUGUUUUACACCUAGCAAUGUCCUGCUUGUUGUGCACUAUUUGCUCCUCAAAACCUACAGCCAGAGCUAUCUGUAUGCGUCAUACAUAACUGCACUGUGUCUUUCUACAUUGAACAGUUGUAUUGAUCCAUUCAUCUAUUACUAUAUUUCAAAAGACUUCAGAGACAACCUUAAAAAUGCUCUUCUUUGCCGAAGUGUGCGAACUACACGGAGGAUGCAAGUGUCUCUCUCAUCGAGCAGGUACCCCAAGAAAUCAAAUUCUUACUCUUCAAACUCAAAUGGGACCACUAAAUCAACCUACUGA